AUGGCAAACGCCGAGCACGAGGUCGGCGCGUAUCCUCACGCACCGGCAGAACCGGAGCGCGAGCAUGAAGCGCCCCGACACCCGCGUACCUCUUCCGCGAGUCUUCCUGCGUCUCGCUGUUCUUCUUCGCCUUCCGGCGCGGCCUGGCCCGCUUGUUCAGCGGCAGCCAUGUCUUCUGAUCCAGCCUCUGGCGGUUACCGCUACGAGAGCGUUCCCUCCGCACAGAGGAAUCGUUACCAUCUUCCUGCCAGUCGUCCCCUCCUCUCCGACUGUGCAGGCGGCGCUUCAGACGCCCAGCUGCAACGCCCGUUCCACAGCUGUUACUUCGACGCCCCUGAGCGCGCGACCGCACCCGAUUCCGUGCCGUGGACUUCCACGAGACGUGUCUGGGCCGCCUUGUGGAAGCAGCUCUUCUGGUGGCUCCUCGCACCGCUGCUCUUUGUGUUUCUGUGGCUGGUUUGGUCUGCGACGACGUCUUUCUACUUCUCCCGGCGAACGCAGCUGGACUAUGGGAUCGUAAUUGACGCAGGAUCCCACGGUUCUCGCCUCACGGUUUUCUCGUGGGAAGUGCGGCGUUUCGAUCCUCGCCAUCCCCUGACCGGCCCCGUCACGAUUCCGCAGCCCGUGUGCGAGGGCGUCCCCGCUCCCGCUCUGAGCAGCUUUGCCGACGACUUCACAGGCGCGCGGCAAGCUUUCAAGGCGAUGCUGGAUGAGAGCCAGGCGUGCCUGGCCCGUCGAGGAGUGUCUGCUUCCGUUUGGGGAGAAAUCCCUCUGUUCGUGAAAGCUACAGGAGGAAUGAGAAAUCUCAGUCAGGGGACACGGGACGCGCUUAUGGCGAAUCUUCGCACUGUCCUGGAAGAUCCCUCGUUGAAUCCUUUCAAAUUCUGUCCUUCUUGGGCUCGAGUCAUCUCUGGCGAAGAAGAAGGUGUCUACGGCUGGCUAUCUGUCAACAGUGUCCGAGGAAGCCUCUCAGACGACCCAGAGAAGACUGUGGGGGCUCUCGAUAUGGGCGGAGCGUCUAUGCAGAUUACGUUCUCUCCUCUUCAUACGUCAGUUCUUGAGGACUUCAUUGGCGUUCAUCUGGGCAACAAAUCCAUUCGCCUCUAUUCACACUCCUUUCUUGGGUAUGGGUGGUCAGAUGCCUUGAACCGUGUCAGCACGAUGUUGGGCGUAGAGGCCUUGAUCGAACGUCUCCAAGAAGACCCAACUUUUAUAGAAAAAGCUUCAAAACGCAGCCUGCUUCCCGACGCAACUUAUCUCGACUCGUCUCUGGGCUCUGCUGCGCAAAGGAGUUCGAGGGGGCGUGCCGAUACGACGAGUGAAGCCAAGCAUCCGCAGGGUCCGGGAGAGAAGAAAGACCAACCGAAACGGCCGGAAGACCACACGGACGAUCAACGAGAAGUUACGCUGGCGUCUGUGCAUCCCUGUUUGCCUCGGGGCAGUGUUCGGGCCUUUCGAAUGCCGUCUUUGGCCUACCCAGAACGUCGUUUUUAUGUCGACAUUGACGUUAACCAAAUCACAGCUUUCAUGAAAGCUGCGUCCUACGCAAAAAAUGACAUUCUAAAAACUGUCAAGUCUAUGGCGCCUUACGGCGUCAAAAUGCGGCAUACCCUCCAGGACAUGCAGCCGCUGUCGAGCAUUCUCUCCAAAGCAGCUCCCCUCGACUUCAAUGCAAGUGCACACGACGCCGUGUCCGAUGGGGCGGCCACGCUCGAAACUCCGGAUCGGGAAGGCGUGGUGGCGUCCGUAGAGGAUGGGGCUCGUGAGGGAGGACGCGGAAAGGGUGAACAUUCAGCCUCGCCUCCUAGAGAAAAGGAGGGGGUUCGCAGAAACAAGCAAAGCGGGCUUAACAGCGAGAGUCAGAAGGACCAACAGAGAGGCGAAAAGGAGAGGAACAAAGAGAAAGGACAGUCAAUGGAAAGCGCCGAAGGAGCAGUCAAUGAAGCCAAACCGACAACGAAGGAGAACGUUGUAGGCACAGGAAAACAAGGCGGCGUCGAAAUCACUUUGGAUGUGAAGCCGAAGGUGACGUUCGUAGUCCGAUUUGUUGGAAGCGGUGACUUCAAAGCUUGCCGAGAAAGAGCAUACAAGCUCUUUCACAACUCCCUCUGCUUCAUCAACAGUUGCUCCUUCAAUGGUGUGUACCAGCCCCGACUGGAAAACAGCAAGUUCAUCGCCUUUGGGCAAUUCAGCAAGGUUCACGCUGCGCUCCGGUUGACCAACCCGACGUCCCUCUCUGAGUUUCUCACAGCCACUACCGCGAUUUGCAGUCUCCGACUAGGACGCCUGAAAAGGCUGAUGAGGCGUGGAGUCUUUCGCGCGUUUGCUGAUCUGUCUCUCCAUAAGUUAUGCUGGAAGGCCAUCUGGAGUUUUGCGGCUCUCCGACAAGGUUUCGGCUUUCCCCUUGAGUCGUCUCAGGUCUCCUUCGCCACACUCAACAAUACGAACAGCGAGAACAGCUAUGUAGCCCCUGGAUGGACACUGGGUUCCAUGAUCAGCGAAGUGAACGUCUUCCCGUGGCAAGCACCCGUGGAGCAGUAUCACGGACUCUUCCAUUUGGCAGCAGCGUUUCUUCUCAUGUGCAUCAUCCUGGCUAUGAUUCUUUAUCACGAGGUGUCAUUUCUUCGCAAGCGUCUUGAAAAAGCUGAGAGGGCGCAACUGCAGGAUUCGAUUUUCGGGACAACAGAACCACCCACACCUGUAGGGUGUCCAUUGCACCCCAUUGGAUCUGCUCCCGCUUGA